UUUUGUCAAGUUAGAUUAAUUCAUUUCAUGUAGAAGGAAUAAAUAUUCAACUUCAUCCAACAAACAUAUGAACAAAAUAAAUAUAAGAUCCAACCUAACAAAUGUUUCGAAGAAGGUUACUUUUAUUGACAUUAUCAUCCCAAAAUCAUACUACUAAUAAAAUAAUAAUAAUAAAAAGGUUAAGAAAAGGUUUUCAAAAACAAAUUUACUACAAUCAAAUGGAAUACAGUUGUCAGGUAAUCAAAACCAUUGAAGAUAGGUCGCUUGACCUCGUUACAUCCACUUAUGUUUACAAAUUCAACUGCUCCUGCGGAGACAAUUAUACAAGACGCAUAAUUCGGCGAGUCUAUUAUUGUACGACAGAACAUUAUCUGUCUUGGUUGAGCAAAGAAAAGUUGAGUGUGAUUAACAGUAUUAUUCUCGUUCAGUUGAUGGACACAGGAUAUCAAGUUAACUUGGAUGAGUUCACUUAAUCUUAACUGAUGUACUUAAUUUGAUAUGAAUUAAAAGUUCACUAUAUAAAUAUACCUUAUUUUGAGAAGAAAAAAAAGACAAAAAAAAAAGAAAAGAAGAAGUUAUUUCAUAUUUGUGUUUACAUUAAAUCAUAAUGAAGAUUUUAUAUGUUUGUUUAUUAAUUAUUACAUUAUUUACUAUGACUAUUCAAUAUAAUUAUCAAACAUAUCCAAGUAAUUAUCGUAGACAACUGAAUAAUCAAUAUAGCCCUAGUAACCAUUAUUAUUAUUAUAAUAAUUACGAUAAUAAUAAUAAUAAUAAUAAUAAAGGUAAACGUUAUGAUGGUAAUAAUAAUAAUAAUAAUAACCAUUACUAUUAUGGUCACAAUCGUAGAAAACAUGGUAAUUAUUAUCCAUCUAAAAGAUAUACUAAUAAAAAACCUAAAAAAAUGCAUCUUACAAGAAAAUAUCUUAUGGAAGGUGAAGCUAAACAUAUUCAUCAAAAACAUGGUGAAAAACAUAUAAAAUCAGUUGGUGAAUUAUUUGGUUUUACUGAUACAUAUCAAGGAUCUGAUUAUUCAUUAACAACAACAUUUCAUAAAGGUAGUUUAUCAACAAAAUAUGGUAAACCAAAAUAUUUUUCUACAUAUGAUACAGAAGGACAAAUUAAACAUUAUAAAAAUACACAUGGUCGUGCUAAAUUUAAUCUUAAUUCCAAAUUACAUGGUCAUGAAAAAUAUAAAGAUUUGAAAGAAAUGAAAGCCAAUAUAACAUUUGAAAAUAAUGAUGAUACAACAGAUGAUGAAUCGAAUUAUUCACCAACUAAUCAUCCAUAUGGAAAAUUAGAAGAACAUUCUAGAAAAAAUUCAUAUGACGCUAUAAACUUUCCAUUGAAAACAAUUCAUGGACGUAAAUAUGAUAUGGAAGAUGGAGCUGGAUUUGUACCAGAUAAUUAUGGUAAUCAUGAUAACCACGAAGAUGAAGAUUAUGAUUCAUAUCAUAGUAAUAAUUAUGAUGAUGGUGAAGAGCAUAAUUAUGGUCAUGUUAAUUUAGCAGAACAAUCAAUGAAUAAAUUAAAAGAGUUAAAACGUCGUAAAUACAAUGAAUAUUAUAAAAAAGAUGAUGAAGAAGAAGAGGGAGAAUAUGGUAAACAUGAUGAUGAUAAACCACAUGAAUAUCCAAAUGAAGAAUCACCACAACGAUCAACUGAAGCGCCGAGAAGAACUACAACCAGGCCAAAUUCGUUGGCAGAGUAA